CGGCGGCAUGGCGGAGAGCGAGGCCGAGACCCCCAGUACCCCGGGGGAGUUCGAGAGCAAGUACUUCGAGUUCCACGGCGUGCGGCUGCCGCCCUUCUGCCGCGGGAAGAUGGAGGAGAUCGCCAACUUCCCCGUGCGGCCCAGCGACGUGUGGAUCGUCACCUACCCCAAGUCCGGCACGAGCCUGCUGCAGGAGGUGGUCUACCUGGUGAGCCAGGGGGCUGACCCCGACGAGAUUGGCCUGAUGAACAUCGAUGAGCAGCUCCCAGUCCUGGAGUACCCUCAGCCCGGCCUGGACAUCAUCAAGGAGCUGACGUCACCCCGCCUCAUCAAGAGCCACCUCCCCUACCGCUUCCUGCCCUCCGACCUCCAUAACGGUGACUCCAAGGUCAUCUACAUGGCCCGCAACCCCAAGGACCUGGUGGUGUCCUACUACCAGUUCCACCGCUCCCUGCGGACCAUGAGCUACCGUGGCACCUUCCAGGAAUUCUGCCGGAGGUUCAUGAACGACAAGUUAGGGUAUGGCUCCUGGUUUGAGCAUGUGCAGGAAUUCUGGGAACACCGCAUGGACUCAAACGUGCUUUUCCUCAAGUAUGAAGACAUGCAUCGGGAUCUGGUGACGAUGGUGGAGCAGCUGGCGCGGUUCCUGGGGGUGUCCUGUGACAAGGCCCAGCUGGAGUCCAUGACCGAGCACUGCCACCAGCUCGUGGACCAGUGCUGCAAUGCCGAGGCCCUGCCCGUGGGCCGGGCACAUUGCCUCUUUGCUCAGAAGACUCCUGUGUUGGUGAGAAUGUAGGGGCCUGAGCAGCCAGCCACAUUGCUUAAGUUUGAUUCAUAUCACAUCAUACAUUGCACUGUCUUGAGUCCAAACCCUAAACCAGGAAGAGUCGGGCUGUGGAAGGACAUCUUCACUGUCUCCAUGAACGAGAAGUUUGACUUAGUGUACAAGCAGAAGAUGGGGAAGUGUGACCUCACAUUUGACUUUUAUUUAUAAUAACAGAAACGGCAAACCUGCAUGCUCACGAUACCCAGACACACUACUAGCUAAAGUCCCGUAUGCAUUCGUUUAUUCCUCGCUGGACAAGCUCUGGAAGUGGUGUGCACAGCCACGGGGGAAGGGAGCCAGAAGGCAGUGGGGGUGAGCGAUCCGCCCCAGCGCAGCCGCCUCACCUGUGGGGUCUGCAGUCUCCACCUGUGUGAUCGCAAAGUGUACACCAGUCGCAGCUAUGACGGACCCUGUCCGAAGUAUAGAGUAUGUAACGAAGUAUAGAGUAUGUAAUGUACGCAGCUAGAAGGUAUACCUUUUACCACCCCCACCUGGUUGAUUGUAUUUUAUAGAGCUUUUCACUGGAACUCUAAAUAAACAUCAGUAAACCAAGUAAGAGUUCAUUUCCGGGGGGAAUCAGGAGUGAGCCACACCCAGUGGAGAAAGAUCUGAGUUCACUGUAUUUAUUUUGUAGUUUCCUUAUCUGAGGCAUAGCCCUGCAGUUCUCACGUGGCUCUGGGGCAAGGAUGAGAACGGAGGAGGAGGGGUUUAGGGGUCUGCGUGGGGGAGACAGACGUUUGUGCCGACAGCCUGCAGUUCUUUGUAACCUUUCUGAGGUGAAGUAGAAACUUCACUAGCAAAUUUCCAAAAAAAGGGGCCCCUCUGCAGAGACUCCAGUGGGCGGCUCUGAUCCAGAGAAGCUCGUGGAACAUUCUGUGAGGGACACCUGCACCAAGGGUCCAGCAGAUGGGAGUAGAAUGCAGUCGGAAGCAUUUGAAUGCAGUGAGUGAAGAGUCGGCCACCCAGAGAACAAAUCACACUCAGAAUUUGAGUUUAAUUCCUCAGCCUUGUUUUUGUUCCCUGAAGCAGUAACCUACUUAGGCUGGCAAGCAGAUGCUUAAUAGUAAAUUUCUGAAAAUCCUGGAUCUUUAUCGUUCUGUUUGCUCAGCCUGUACCUGAGGCUCUCGGCUACAGGAGAACCGUUUUGCAGAUUGAGUGCCCGGUUUCCCUCAGACCUGGGCUGGCGGUUCUGCCUUUGUCUGUCUUUGCUCUGUCCCUGGGCACAUGGGAGGGAGUGGAGGUGGCAUCGUCAUUGCUCCACCAACUGCCUCGUCCUCUGGCCCUGUGGGUUUGGCUGGUCGGGUGGCCAGAUGCAGAGCCGAGCUGGUGGCUGCCGUUGACGUUGCUGCCACGACGGGGGCUGGCCUGGCUUCUGCUGUUUAUGUGGCUGGAAAGCACUCAGUGGUGGGCAGAGGGCGGCUUCUGUGUCAGGGCUCUCUGUUCUGUGCCACUUUCUUGGAAGCAGGUAUAGUGGGGUGCUCACAUUUCGUUUGCACGGGGAGAAGCUGCCAGCACAGCGGGGGCGCAGCAUGGCACGGGGGGCUUGGCGGCACUUUCUCUUGUAGAUCCGUGAGCGAGGCUGCUGUCUGUGAAAUUUCAUUUCUAUUUUUCUAUUUUUAGUACUGUAUGGAUAUCACUGAGCACUACACACUCGACUUCUGUGCUUGCUUGCAUCUUUAAUAAAGAUAUCUUCUGUGUUCCGUGCACUGUGUUGAGUGCGUGCGCUGGUGGUUGGAGCAAGGGGACCCGACACGGCCCCUUCAGCUCUUCCCGAAACGUGACGCGAGCCCCACCAGCAGACAGCCUGUUCCUGGGUGGAUGCUCGGAGGGCCACAGCCCGUAUCAGGGUUCUGUAGGCAGAAUUUGCCGUCGCCCUCAAAUCCAAACUUCACAAGGGAUGAAUUCCCGUCCCCAUUUCCCUGUUGACCAGAAGUGGAAGGAAGGACGGAGGAGUGGGAGAGG